CCGCCCUGUGGUGCCUCCUUUGAUCCCACCAAAGAUCCCAGAAGGGGAGCGUGUUGACUUCGAUGACAUCCACCGCAAGCGCAUGGAGAAGGACCUGCUGGAGCUGCAGACGCUCAUCGACGUGCAUUUUGAGCAGCGGAAGAAGGAGGAAGAGGAGCUGAUUGCCUUGAAAGAGCGCAUUGAGCGGCGCCGGUCGGAGAGAGCGGAGCAACAGCGCUUCAGAACUGAGAAGGAACGGGAACGUCAGGCUAAGCUGGCGGAGGAGAAGAUGAGGAAGGAAGAGGAAGAGGCCAAGAAGCGGGCAGAGGAUGAUGCCAAGAAAAAGAAGGUGCUGUCCAACAUGGGGGCCCAUUUCGGCGGCUACCUGGUCAAGGCAGAACAGAAGCGUGGUAAGCGGCAGACGGGGCGGGAGAUGAAGCUGCGCAUCCUGUCUGAGCGUAAGAAGCCUCUGGACAUCGACUACAUGGGGGAGGAACAGCUCCG